AAAAGAAUUAAAAAAAAAAGAAAGAAAAAGGAAAACAAUUGAAUCGCAGAAGCGAAGAGCAAAAGGGAUCUCUCUGCAAUGUCGUCGUCAAGCGAUCCGUCGAGAACAACAGGGAUGGAGAGGAAGAAGAAAGCAGCUCCGAUCAAAUUCUUGGUGCCUCUCAUAUACGCGCCUGCUCUCCCUCUGAUUCGCUUGACCUUGAGGCAUCAGCCUGUUCUCAGAGACCGUCUCUUCGGUCUUGUCCUCGCCGGUGCUUUCGCUCAUGGCUUCUACCUCGUAACGGACAUAUAUGAUGCAGAGAGCAAAUGAAAAAAAAAAGAAGGGAGUUGCAGCCAUUCAUCUAGAGCUCAUCAUUUCUCAGAUGUCUUUCUGAUAUAAUAAAUAAAACUGCUUCUGUUUUUUUUUUAAAUUAAUUUUGUUACGAGAUUACAUUUUGCUCGUGAACCUGAAAUUGGAUUUGGUUUACGAAUCCAUUUGUCAUUUUGUUUCCUAAGGAGAAGUGUAUUCACACCGCUUUUUCAUUUUCAA